AAAACUUUGUAUCAUUUCUCCUGUUUAUUACCAAUUUUCUUUAUAAGGUAUGUUUGAUUUGUUAUAUGAUAUUCUGUUUGAAUGUUGUUUGACAUUUCCUAGUAAUCGGGUUUUACAUAUCAAAUGUUAAUUGUUUCUGACGAUUCUACGACUUCUCCUAAUUUUUCUUCUUCUUCUUUAUCACACGAGCCUGAUUCAGUGUCAUCCUUGGGAAGCAAGAGUUGCAAACUCUGUCGAAAGCAGUUGCCAAACGAGCACUUUCACAACCCUAAGAACACAAAAUUGUUUUCUGUUUGCGACAUUUGCAGAAAAAAGAAGCGUGAUAAGUAUUGGCGGAAUAAGGAACUCCUCCAACAAACUGUCAUGGAUACUAGAAUGACUUCAAGAAGUCGUCGAGUCCGUCUGCGAAAAGAUUCCACAGCAUCUUCUGAUGCCAAAUCAAGGGGGCGUACCACAGCCUUAACCGAUUCUUCUGAUACGCUUUCUUCGCAGUCCCAAUUUUCGGAGACUGUUUCUGUACCACCACCACAAAAGGAUGUAAACUACCUUAACUCCUUUCCCCGCUCUCCGGGUCGAUUAAUCAUUGUACCUCCAGAGGUUUACACAUUCAUUCGCAUUUACUACAACAAUCCAGAUUAUCUUCGCGCUUGCUUAGGGGAUGAAUAUUGGGCUGCAUUGUGUACACCCAACGCACUGGCUGCAGUGGAUGGAAAGAACGUUUUUUGAUGAGAAUUGUUCUAUUUUGUGUUGGAUCUG